CAUCUCGUGAGUCUAUUUAACGUACGCGCUGGGGCGGCUUUCCAUUUCUUCAACUUCGCACUGCUAACGCACUGCGAUCUAUGGUGAAGCUACAGCAGCUCGGAGAUGAACAAGAGCAAGUCGCUUUCUCAAGUUUGGUGGUGCAUCAUCCUGCUGCUUGGUCUAGGGUUGGAAUCGGCAUCAGCAGCAGGUGUUGAUCCAAAGCUGUGGCGUUCCGGAGAUCAAAAGUUUUCGGGGGUGAUAAUUCCCGGCUUUGCCUCCACAAGGCUCAGGUCCUGGUCGCUGCUGGAUUGUCCCUUCUCGCCCCUCGAUUUCAACCCGCUGGAUCCUGUGUGGUUGGACCUCCGAAAGGUUAUCUCGGUACCACAAUGUUGGAUGAAGUGCAUGAUGCUCGAUCCUUACAAUCAGACUGAUCAUCCCGAGUGCAAAUCUCGUCCCGACAGCGGUGUUUCUGCAAUUACCGAGAUGGAUCCUGGAUAUUUCACAGGACCAUUGUCUUCUGUAUGGAAGGAGUGGGUUUCGUGGUGUGUAGAGUUCGGUGUUGACGCCGAGUCCAUUGUCGCAGCACCCUAUGACUGGAGAUUGGCGGGUCCAGUUCUCGAAGAACGAGAUCUGUACUUCCACAGGCUGAGGCUAACUUUCGAGACGCUUCGGAAGCUGCGAGGGGGGCCGUCACUCGUUUUCGCGCAUUCUCUUGGGAAUAAUGUGUUCAGAUAUUUUCUGGAAUGGCUGAAACAAGAAGUACCGCCCAAACUGUACACUACUUGGAUUGACGAUCACAUUUUCACGUAUCAUGCUCUAGGUGCUCCUUUUCUAGGAGCUCCAGAUGCUCUGAAAGGCGUUCUUUCUGGGGUGACUUUUGGAUUACCAAUUUCAGAGGGUACAGCUCGAAUCAUGCUUGGAACUUUCAGUUCCGGUUUGUGGAUGUUGCCGUUUUCUGACAACAAACCACUGUCUCAAAGGAAUACGACCAAAACCGAAGGCUUAGUUGCUCCAGACUGGCCUGUCAACGUGCUUGAGGUGGACAUGCCACCUUCUGGGGUGCUCUAUCCUGGUGAGUCUUUCGAAAACGGAGCCCUUGCAGCUCUAGCAAAUUACACAGUUCCUAUCCAGCGGUUUUAUUCAGCUCAGAAAAUAUCGGAUGGCACAAGCUUCAAGGAGAUGGGUGAAUUUGAUCCUCAAGCUAAACUGGCUUUCUAUCAGCUCAAGAAAUACUACUUGGAUAAUCCAUUGUUUAAUCCACUAACUCCAUGGGAGCGGCCGCCGAUCAAAAAUGUGUUUUGCAUGUAUGGUAUCAAUCUUAAGACUGAGGUUGGCUAUCAACUGUCUCCGAGUGGAAAGCCGUACCCAGACAAUUGGAUUAUCAAGGAUGUCAUCUAUGAAACAGAUGGAGGUUCGUUGCAGACAAGGUCAGGAUUAGAUGUCGAUGGAAAAGGUGGUGUUGCGAGUGGUGAUUCCACAGUGCCAUACCACUCUCUUUCUUGGUGCAAGAGAUGGCUGGGUCCACGCGUGAACAUCACAAGAGCUCCUCAAACUGCACACGAAGGUUCAGACAUUCAAGAGGUUUUCGACGUGGAACACGAACAUGGAGGUGAUGUUGUAUACAACGGGAGCCGGGACAGUCGAAUAAAAUACAUCACAUACUAUGAGGACGCUGUUGGACUGGCAGGGAAGAAAACCGCGGUUUGGGAGUUUGACAAAAUUGAUCACAGGAAUUUGGUCCGCUCGCCUGUUCUACUCAGGGAACUGCUACUAGAAAACGUUCACAAUUCCCACCCACAAGCAGUGAGAAGUUUCGUCUCCAAAGCUAGACGAGUACCCUUGCGAGACGAGGACUGCUAUUGGGACUACUCAAAGGCAAAGUGCGGCCUUUUGGAUUAUUGCGAAUACAGAUACGUUUUCGGGGACGUGCAUUUGGGACAGAGCUGCAGACUCCAGGCUUCGACGGACAAAGACAUCCUACAGUACUUUUAAAGAGAGGGUUUAAAAGCAGGGUUUGAAGGUAGCGUCUAGGUAAUGGACUUCGGUGAAUGAAGAG